ACCUUAUAAAGCUUCCGGAAUUCAAUAUCAGGGUCUGUACUUGAGGCACAUAAUUCAGUAAAAUCAGUCACAAGAAAUGUUACACUGUGAUACGUUUGAAAAAAAAUUAAAUAUUGUGAAUUAAUUUAUUCCACAAACAUAAAUUUCAUUUUUCAAUUUUCUCCGCUCAUGUGUAAUAUAACUGUGUUUAUAAUUACGAAUCUACGAAUUACGAGGAAAUGAUCAUAUCGCGAAUAUUUAUUUAAAAGCAAGAUAAUGGUCAUGAUCUAAAUGGCGAUCGUUUAUUAACUUUAAUUAUAGUGGCUGUGAUUAAAAUCGAUGAAAGACUUUGUAAUUACUUUACAACGCCAGCGAGUUAUGCAAUAGAAAGCUGCAUUUGUUCAGUUAAUAUUAUCGUUAUUGGUGUCAAUAUAGAACAAUCGAUUCGAUCCGUAUCGAUCUGUUUACCUGAAACACACAUGGGAAUUUCACGAACCUGGUACGUAAUCCUCGUGAUCGCCGCGUGUACCUGUGGCGCACGUACGGAAUGCGGCGAAACCGUGCAAAUUUCAUUUCUAACAAGCGUGCACGAUGAUCCAGCGUGUACAAAGCUGUCUACGACGGGCGUUACGCUCUAUGAGGCCGCCAAGCUACUCGCGGAGAAUUACAACAACAAGACCGACGGAUUCGAAAUCGGGAUUACCGUUUUGGAUACAUGCGGAAGUAUAACCGGUGCUCUGAAAGCGGUGAUGAAGGCUUUAGUAUGGGCAGAUAUCAGCUGUUUGUAUCCGCCUCAUUACCUAGGAAUUAUCGGACCAGAUACCGUGACCAACGCCGAGGCGAUACACAAAGUGACUUCGAUAUUGAAAGUGCCGCACAUUGUGAAGAAACCGUCGAUUUCUCCGUAUUUGCACUCUUUAACGGAGGAAUCAAACUCCUAUUUAGUAGAGGGAAUCUUAAAAAUGAUAGAAAUCUUAAAGUGGAAAUCCUUCACACUAGUAACUAACGUUGACGAUGAAAACGACGAUGACGUACAAAAUAUUGCAAAGAAGCUAACGAUAAAUGCUAUAGCAAACAAUUUGUGUGUUAUAAUUCACGAUAAUGAUGAAGAAGAUUACACGUCACAUAUUGUACAUAUUGGAAAACCAGAAGAAAAAUUUUUCGACGAGCCAAAAAAUGCAACUAUACUAAUUGUCAGCGAGGGAAAUUUAAAAGAUUAUUUGAAUCGUAUAAAUUCAACUGACAUAAUAUUGCUGUUAGAAGAUUCUAGAAAUGUAAUUAAUGGUCUCGAACGGAGAGUCGAAAAUUCGCAAUGGUGGGCGCCCGAUAAUGGUUUUGGAAAGUACGAUACCGAGGAAUUGAAGCAAGUCAGAUGGCUAGAAAAUGCUAUAGAAAUUUACGUGAAAGCUUUGAAAGCAUUAUGCAAAAACAAAAAGUGCAAGAAUCAAAUAAAUCCUUUGGACUGGAAUCACAUAGUGUCGAACAUGUUAAUGACGCGCAACGCGGAAUCGGAAGCAGCACCGAAGUUUCUCAAUCUAUCUAUGAAAAAAAAAACAAAUAGUUUAGAGCGUCUGGGUGGCAUGAUCGUUCGUCAAAAUAAAACGAAAGUUUACUGGGGUAAUAGCAAAGCGAACGAAAAGGAAAAGAACAUUACGGAGGAAACUAAGAAAAAUCACGGAACAUUAAAAAACAACGACAACAUGUCGUACAUGUUCAGAGAACUUCUGAAAGAAGAAAAUGAACCGCGAUCAGGAUGCGCCACAGCUAUGAAAGAGAUUAAGAUGUACGAAAAGGACAAUAAGGCGACACAGAUUUUAGUUUCGGGAAUGGAUGAUAACGAAUGGUGGACAAUGGUGUGCACGGUAAGCGGCGUGGGAAUCGCAAUGUUCCUGGUGGGAAUUCUUGCUGUUUACGUUAUCUAUACGAACAUACGAGGACCGAGGUGUGCCAAGAGUAAAAAUAAUUUUGACAGAGAUACCAGUUUAAGGAGAAUGAGCAGUGUGUGCGAUAGGGAAUUACCUACGACCAUAACCACUCGUAACCAACGAGCGUUCCAUACUCCACAAAGGAGAGGCAGCGACAGAAGCACUAUAUCUGAGAAAAGCGUUUGACGCGAACACGGGUCGCAUAAAUAUAGUGAAUAAAGCGAGCGCUUCUAUAAUAGCAGAAGAUAGAAAUUUGCUUUGAGAUAAUAAAACGUAUGCAAAAAUGCAUUUGUUAUCUUGUUUCUUUGUGAACAUGUUUUCUAGUUAUUACCAUGACACACAUCGAUCUAAUCAAUUAUAAUAAAAUAUUCUUUAUAAUAUAUACAAAACGAGUUACGUAUUUAAAUUUAUUGUAUUUAUUUACUACAUUCGAUAUUUCGAUGCAAUGCGAAUUCCCCGUAAUUAUUAUUGUUCUAUGUAACAAUAAAUAUUAUUUAACUGCAUUUUCAAAAGCUGUAUUUUAUUUCAAUAAUGUAUCAAUAAACUAAAUGAUCUCUGUGAA